AUGUCACUUAAUGAAUCUAAAAAGAAUGAACUUUGUGUAGAUACUACAGCCAGAAGCACUUCACCUGCACCGUCUUCAUCCUCUCCUACUGUUACUGCAGUAGAUAGUGACGAAGAUAAUUGGGCAGAACGUCCUUCGGUUGAACGGCUCUACAAAGACAUUGAAAAGUAUCUUCCUGGUCAUGAUCUUGAUCGGGAAAUCAUUAUUGAGCCUACACCCGUGAUGGUAAGUGCUCUACCACCCGGUAGAAAGCUUCAGGGCCAUAAAAAGUCCAUUCGUAAUGUUGUCAAUGAAGCGCAUCGAAAUUGGAGAAACGCUAUCAAUGUGGUGAGGGCCAACAAUCUGAUUAGGAGAAGAAGUACAAAGAUGUGGCAUCGUGCUGUUGAACAAGUAAAGCCUGGUAUGAAGGCAAACAUUCAACAAUCUGGAGAUUUACCAAAAUCAAGAAAGUUACAGUGGAUCCGUGGUGAAUUGAUCGGAAAGGGUUCCUUUGGUCGAGUAUAUCACGCUUUAAAUGUUGAAGCGGGAGAGUGGAUAGCAGUGAAGCAAGUCGAUAUACCAACAACCAAAUCAGAUUAUGCCAACCCACAAAUGAAGGAAAUGAAGGAUGCAUUAUUUAGGGAAAUCUCUUUAUUAGAAGAUUUGGAUAAUGAGUAUAUUGUACAGUACCUUGGCUAUAACUUGGAUGAAGAAGAAGGGCAUAUCAAUAUCUUUUUAGAAUACGUUCCCGGUGGAAGCAUUGCUUCCUGUCUUGGUAAAACAGGAAAGUUUGAAAUUCCUCUCGUUCAGUUCUUUACACGACAAAUACUUCUUGGACUUGCUUAUUUACACAAUCGCAAUAUUUUACACAGAGAUAUUAAAGCGGGCAACAUUCUGUUGAAUGAAAAUGGUAUCUGUAAGAUUACUGAUUUUGGUUUAUCUAAAUUAAGCGGACAAGAUAAAGCGUAUGAUCCUCACUCGAAUAAUUCGGUCAUGAGAGGCACCGUGUUUUGGAUGGCACCUGAAGUUGUCAAAGGAACAAACUAUAAUGCAAAAGUUGAUAUUUGGAGCUUGGGAUGUACAGUGAUUGAGAUGCUGACAGGAAGUCACCCAUGGCUGGACCUAAACAUGCUGGCUGCACUCUAUAAUCUUGGUAAAUAUCAAGCACCACCUAUACCAGAAGAUAUCACAGAAGAUGCAAGGGACUUCCUCAACAAAUGCUUUACAAUUAAUCCUGAAGAAAGACCCACUGCUGAGCAACUGUUAGAACACCCAUUCGUUCAACCCGAUCCUACAUUUGAAUUCAAGAAAUACAUGAAGAAAGCCGAAAUAGAAAGAAGAGCCUCUAGAAGAAAGCAAAUAGAACAGCAACAAUAA